AUGGAGCGGUCGAAUCCGAUCGAUAAAGACGAUAAUGGUGAAAUGGAAGCGGUGUCUUUGGAGCCAGAUCAGAAUACACCGGGUAAAUAUCCGAACCCGAUUCCGGGACCCGACCCGGACCCGACGCCGAAGGGUGAAGCAAAAGUGGAGGCAGGAAAACAAGGAGAUAAUGCCAAUAUUAAUGUGAAUAUAACUGAGGAGAGUAGUGAUGAUAAUAAAGAAUUGAAAUCGAAAAAAUCGGUGAGGUGGAGCGAGGAAUUGGUGACGGAAUCGCCGGUGCAUAGGGAUUACGAUCGCGGAUCCAAUCCAUACGUUGCUUACUCCCCAGCGCCUUCUAGCGAUUCCUCGUCCUUAAAUUUCAAAAGUACAAUGGAAAAUGUAAAGGAUGUGUUAGGGAGAUGGGGAAAGAAGGUGGGAGAAGCAACAAGGAAGGCUGAGGAUCUUGCUGGGAAUACUUGGCAGCACUUGAAAACCAGCCCUAGUCUAGCUGAUGCUGCUGUGGGAAGAAUUGCACAGGGAACAAAGGUUCUAGUAGAAGGUGGCUAUGAGAAAAUAUUUCGGCAAACAUUUGAGACAGUUCCUGAGGAGAAACUCCAUAAUUCAUUUGCAUGUUACUUAUCCACGUCAGCCGGUCCGGUCAUGGGUGUUUUAUAUGUAUCAACUGCAAAGCUUGCAUUUUGUAGCGAUAAUCCACUUUCGUACAAAGCCAGCGACAAGACAGAAUGGAGCUAUUAUAAGGUAGUUAUCCCAUUACAUCAACUCAAAGCUGUUAACCCUUCAUCAAGCAGAACUAAUACAGCUGAAAAGUAUAUCCAGAUUAUAUCUGUUGAUAGCCAUGAAUUUUGGUACUUGGGUUUUCUGAAUUAUGAUGGGGCAGUAAAGUGCUUGCAGGAUGCCUUACUAGCACAUGACAUGCAAUCCGUGUAA